GACCAUGACUGCAAUAAUGGCCCCAGAGAAGUCCAGUCCUGGGCUGAGGUGCUGGCUGAUCCUGACCUUCACAGUGUUCCUGCAGUGUGUCUGCGUGGCCAUGGCUUACAUGUACUUCACCAGUGAGCUGCAGCAGGUGAGUUGCCACCUUUAGAACAGGAUCCACACUGUGUCAGAACUGAACAGGACCUCAAGAUCACCAUAGUGAACCAGCUCAAAUCUCAGAGGAAGAACAGACACAGAAGAGAAGCAGACAUUUGUUGAGGGACACACAACUAAUUGAUGGCAGGGCCAGUCAAGGGCAUUGUGACUCAGGAUGCCUGGCCCACACCCAUGAUGUUUCCACCAUAUCCAACAGCUUACUUUUAUUCAAAGGACAAAGGGCAGCAGGCCUACUUUAAUUCCAAGCCAUGAGCUUAUCCAAGAUGCAGGACAAGUACUUCAAAACGAGCAUUGCUUGCUUCUUAAAGGAAGAUGACAACUCUUGGGACUUCAAUGAUGAGAAUUUGAACGAUCCCUGCUGGCAAGUAAAGUGGCAGCUGCGACAGUUUGUUAGAAAGAUAAGUUUGGGAACCUAUGAGGAAACCAUUUCUACAGUUUCAGAAAAGCAACAAGAUGGUCCUCGGCUAGUCAUUGGAAAAGGACUUCAGAGGGUAGCCGCUCACGUAACAGGGAAAAGUCGAAGCACGACCGCAUUCCCAGUUCCAAAUGCCAAGGAUGAAAAGAUUUUGGGCCAUAAAAUAACCUCCUGGGAGUCAUCAAGAAGAGGACAUUCAUUGUUGAGUAAUUUUCACCUGAGGAAUGGAGAGUUAGUUAUCCAUCAAACGGGGUUUUAUUAUAUCUAUUCCCAAACAUACUUUCGAUUUCUGGAACCUGAGAAUGAUUCAACAGUAGGCAUCAGAAAGAAAAACAAACAAAUGGUACAAUAUAUUUACAAAGUCACAGACUAUCCUGAACCUAUACUGUUGAUGAAAAGUGCUAGGAAUAGUUGUUGGUCUAAAGACUCACAAUAUGGACUCUAUUCCAUCUAUCAAGGUGGAAUAUAUGAGCUUCAAGAAAAUGACAGAAUUUUUGUAUCUGUAACGAAUGCACAAUUGGUUGACAUGGACCAGCAAGCCAGUUAUUUUGGGGCCUUUUUAAUUGGCUAGAUGAUCUGCACUUUUGUUUUAAUCUUCAUGCAAAAAUAUUUAUUUUUAGAAGAGGCUCUAACCAACCAAGCCAUGCAGCCAGGGAAACACAUUAUCCUCACCUGAGGAUAUUUUUCCAUUGAUUUUUUUAAAGAGAGUGUGGGGGAAGGAGACAGAGAGAGAGAGAAACAUCAAUGUGAGAGAGACACCUGGAUUGGUUGCCUCUCACAUGCGCCCCAUCCAGGGUCUGGGAUCGAACCCACAACCGAGACAGCUGCAAAGUAACAACCCUGCAUGAGUGUAUUUCCAUCCACGUUGGCCAAGCUAGUGUCCAGAUCGGCAAUGCCUGCUGGGAGCUCUACCACCUGGAACAUGACAUCCAGCCAGAUGACCAGAUGCCAAGCGACAUGACAAUGGGGAGUGGGAGGGAGAUGACUUCUUCAACACCUUCUUCAGUGAGAGGCGCUGGCAAUCAUGUGCCCAGGUCAGUGUUUGUAGACCUAGAACCCACAGUCAUUGAUGAAGUUUGCACUGGUACUUAUUGCCAGCUCUUCCAAUCUGAGCAGCUCAUCACAGGCAAGGAAGAUGCUGCCAAUACCUAUGCCAAUGGAUGCUACACCAUUGGCAAGGAAACCAUCAACCUCGUCUUGGACCGAAUUCAGAAACUAACCAGUGCACAGGUCUUCGGGGCUUAUUGGUUUUCCACACCUUGGGUGGAGGCACUGGUUCUGGGUUCAUCUCCCUGCUGGUGGAACAUUUUUCUGUCAAUUAUGACAAGAAGUCCAAGCAUUGUUCUCCAUAUACCCAGCCCUACAGGUUUUCACAGCUAUAGUUGAGCCCUACAACUCCAUCCUCACCACCCACACCACCUGGGGCUCUGAUUGUGCCUUCAUGGUUGAUAGCAAGGCCAUCUACAUCUAUCAUAGAAACCUUGAGAUUGAGCGCCCUAUCUAUACUAACCUGAAUAGGUUCAUCAGUUAAAUUGUGUUUUCCACCAUUUCUUCCCUGAGAUUUGAUGGAGCCCUGAAUGUUGACCCCACUCUGCUGAGAUCUGGCUCCAGGUAGCAUCUGGGACAGACUAAGUUGUGUGGCUCUAGGACAAGGGACAUUUUUCUCUCUCAUGCCCGAGCAGCGCAGAGCCCUUCACAGAGCCAAAUUUUGGUCUGUUUGGGCCUAAAGAACUCUGCUGACCUCACCCUGAUGACUCCCUGAAAUCCUACCUGACCACAAAGGUUUGUGAGCACUUAACAGGUGGCAACUAGACCCUAGGACAUUUGCUGAGUGGCCUCAGACCCAGCACCGGCACAGAUUAUCAAUCUGAUGAACACCACUCAUUCCUACUCAUUGAGAAUCUACCUCAUGCAACUG